GACUGGGGGUCCAUUCAAGUCGCAGCAAGUCCGCCAGGAGUUGAAGCUCCUCCUGGCCACAACUCGCAUACGCUUGCGCCCAUUCGACCACGACAAGCUGCAAUCAAGAUGGUUGUCCUCGCUGCAUCCAUCUGCACGCGGGGCGGCAAGGCCGUCCUUGCGCGGUCCUUCCACGACAUCAAGCGGUCGCGCAUCGAAGCCCUUCUGGCAUCCUUCCCCAAGGCGGCGAAUUCCGGCACGCAGCACACGACUGUCGAGCAGGACAACGUGCGAUUCGUCUACCAGCCGCUGGACGAGCUGUACAUGGUGCUCAUCACCAACAAGCAAUCCAACAUCCUCCAGGACAUCGACUCGCUGCACCUGUUCGCCCAGGUCGUUACCAGCACCUGCAAGAGCCUCGACGAGCGCGAGAUCCUCCGGAAUGCCUACGAACUCAUUAGCGCCUUCGACGAGCUCGUGACGCUCGGCUACCGGGAGAACCUGACCAUCAGCCAGAUCAAGACGUUCUUGGAGAUGGAGAGCCACGAGGAGCGAAUCCAGGAGAUCAUUGCCCGGAACAAGGAGCUGGAGGCCACGGAAGAGCGCAAGAGAAAGGCCAAGCAGCUGGAGAUGCAACGCAAGGAGUCUGGCAGGAGCGCCCGCGGUGCUGGCAUGUCCCGGCCGCCCGUAUAUCCAACAUAUACCCCCCCAGUCCGGCCGGCUGUCACCGAGACAUACGAUACCUACGAGGCGGAAAAGAACAAGUCCAAGUUCACCGCUCCAAAGGGCAAGGGCAUGCAGCUGGGCAAGAAGUCCAAGACAACAGACAUGUUUGAACGCGUCAAGACGGAGCUGGGACCGGUGGACGACACGCCGCUUGUUCCUGCUGCCGUCCCUUCUGCGCCGGAACCGGCGGCCGCCCCUCGGGUAUCAUCCUCCGUAGACCGCGAUGCCGUUCACGUCACAAUCAACGAGGCCAUCACGGCAAAGAUCUCCAGGGAAGGAGCGCUGAACUCGUUUUCCGUCAGCGGCGAUUUGUCGCUGCGGGUGACUGACCCGUCGCUCACCAAGAUUAAGCUGAACCUCAGCGCCACACCGUCGCACGGCGCGCAGUUCCGGACGCACCCCAACGUCGACAAGAACGCCUUCAACAGUUCCAAGGCUAUCCAGAUGGCCAAUCAGGCGCGGGGCUUCCCGGUGAACAACGCGGUGGGCGUGCUCCGGUGGCGGGCCACCCCGAAGGUGGAGGACACCAGCGCGUUACCCAUUACCUUUACAGUCUGGGUCAACAAGGGCUCGGAGGGCAACUGCACGCUGACGAUCGAGUACGAGCUGUCUGGCGGCGACACGCUGAAGGAUGUCAGCGUCGUGGUGCCGUACAGGAGCGCCGAGCCGUCCAUUUCCAGCUUCGACGCCGUCUACGAGGUGUCUGGCGACAGCCUGGAAUGGACGAUAGGCACCAUCAGCGACGAGAACCCCAGCGGGGCGUUCGAGUUUGAGGCGCAGACGGACGACGAGAACGAGUUCUUCCCGAUGCAGGUGCGGUUCUCGAAGACGACGCCGUUCGUCGAUGUUGAUGUCCAAUCGGUUGAGGUGCUCGAACUGAACGAGGAGGUUGCUUUCUCUAAGGAGAUUAGGUCGGUUGCCGAGUCCUACACGAUCGAGUAGGGCGGCGUGAACGAGCGAGUGCAAUGUGUGGGUGCGAUGGUCAACGUUGGGCGCUUUGAGCGGGCAUGUAGUUCGGGCGGGACGGCGUGGUUAGAGACGGCAGGAAAAAUAUAGUGUCUCGUCUAGAUUUCAUGGUGUCCAACACGGCAAUCGGCUGAGGUCCAUGCCUGCUAUUUCCUUGGAUUCCUUCGUUCCUUCAUCGGAGCUUGACAACGAGGAGCUACCUCAGGUAGUUCAAAGAGUCCAGUUGCACAGUGCGAGUAUCCGGUCUGCGCAACCAACCACGCACAACCUCAAUUCACUUCCUUGAAUACAC